AAGGAUGGGUCAUGCACUCGUCUUGCAUCUACCUGCAGCUUUCCUUUAUCUUCUUCCAUCCGGCGCACCACCUCCAUUCCAUUCCCCGAGACCAACCGUCAUCUGCCCGACCAAGACGGAGGCUGUAUCACUCAGGUCUCACGUGAGGCUGAUCGAGGUUCACUUCACCUACCUUCGGCAUCCGCUCCCAAUUCUCGCAAAUCGACAGCGAUGGCCAGCUUGCAGAACUCGAGGCCAUGGGGCUCCCUGGAAGAGCGAGGGCUACCAUCCGCCGUCGUUGACUCCCUAUCUGGUCACUCGACAGAAUGUUUAAAAAGACUAGCCAAUUAUGACCCCCCGCCUUUACCAGACUUUGGUAUCAUGAAGCAGGCCGCAGUGCUUGUGGCGCUCUUUGAGAAGGAUGGUGAGCUGCAUGUGCUUCUGACGACUCGCGCGAAGACCUUGCGGAGACACCCUUCACAAACUGCCCUUCCGGGAGGUAAAGUUGACCCCGAAGACGAAGAUGUCAUCUUUACUGCCCGCCGAGAGGCUCAUGAGGAGGUUGACCUCCCACUGAACCAUCCAUCAAUACAUCACCUGACUAUCCUUGAUCCGGUCAUGACGAUUCUACCGCUGAACGCUCACUUGAAAAACCACAUCGUUGUCAUACCUGUGGUAUGCUUCCUCUCAGAUCCUUCUUUACUCAUUCAUCUUCGGCCGAGUCCCGAUGAGGUGGACGCAAUCUUCACGCACCCGCUGAAAGGCUGCUUGACGGGCGAGGUAGAAGGCAAGAAUUGGGAAAGGCUGACGGAAAAGGACGGGGAGUGGUGGCCGUACGAAGAAGAAUUCCAUUCUACCGAAGAUCGGAUAGGAGUCACCGGCGGCUACAGGAUGCAUCGCUUCAGAAGUGAACGCACCCCCAUCAAAGGCCUCACAUCAGACGUCCUCAUACACACCGCCACUGUAGCAUAUGGCUCCUCUCCAUCGUUCGCCCGUUUCGCCCCCGAUCAGCCUUCCUUCUCAAGUGCCAUCUCGGACGUUGUCCUAGAGCUUCCAAGAGUCAUAAACAGCAGCUCGUCCACAUCUCCUGGAGGAACUCCGCGUGUACUGGAGUGGGGUGGGGCAGAGGUGGGACAACGAAUCAUCAGCGGAGAAACCUGGGCGCUGGACUAACGCCAAGACGAUGACAUGC